AUGCGCGGCGCACCGCGCCAAGCUGGACCUCAGGGACCCGGGUACGCGCGGCGCAAGUACGUCUGGACGUCCGCCUACGCCAGCUCCAAGAAGGCGCUGUGGUACUACGCCAAGGAGAUGGCGACGAGGACGCGACGCGGGCGCGUGGCGAUUCUGACGGUGGACCCCGGGAGGACGGCCACCGGCCUGACGCGGCGCCUGGGGCCCAUCGAGGACCUGCUGCUGUACCUGCAGAACGUGUUCGUCAAGACGGUGCCGCAGGGCGCCGCAUCGGUGGUGCACGCCUGCCUGGCCGAGAGGCUGCGCGGCAAGAGCGGCGCGUACAUUAAGAACUGCAGGGUGCACGGCAAGGGGGCGGGCACGGCAAGGCAGCGGGAGAGGCUGCGGGCGGAGACGGAUGCGGCGAUCGCGGGGGCGGCGCUGGACAGCUGGCGGGAGGUGGACGUGUACGGCCAGGCGGUGGGCAGGGUGCUGUCCAGGGGCCUGUCGCCACUGCUAGAGCUGGUGGGGCUGAAGCAGGGCAAGGGAAAGCGGGUGUAG